UGACAACAGUGUGGACGGAUACCAAGCCAUUGCCGAGUUCCACGGUGACCCCGGGAAGUGCCCAACACCCACCGCCAAGAAUCGACUCGCUUGCUGCAUCCAUGGCAUGCCCAACUUCCCCUUCUGGCAUAGGUUGCUGGUCGUGCAGGUAGAAGAUGCUCUUCGCAGGCGUGGAUCCCACAUCGGGAUCCCUUACUGGGACUGGACCAAACCGAACACUCACAUCCCCGCCCUUGCAGCAGACGAGACAUACUUGAACCCACAUGACAAUGCCGAACACGUCAACCCCUUUCAUCAUGCUAAGAUUGGCUUUCUGGGAGGUGAUGCCAAGACCAGCCGUGACCCACUUCCAGCACUGACCCAGACUCCAGAUUACGGUGACCACACCGAGCUCUACGACGCGUUCCUGUUGGCUCUCGAGCAGGAUAACUUUUGUGAUUUUGAGGUGCAGUUUGAGAUUGCUCACAACUUGAUCCACGCAUACGUGGGUGGUAACAGCAAGUAUGGCCUGUCUUCCCUGUCCUACAGUGCCUUUGAUCCCAUCUUCUAUCUACACCACAGCAACAUUGACAGAAUCUGGGCCAUUUGGACCGCCUUGCAGCAGCACAGGGGUAAACCAUACAAAGCUCACUGUGCACAGUCCUACGUCUACACACCACUGAAGCCAUUCGCCUUCCACACUCCAUACAACAACAACGAGAAGACCUUCUCCCACUCCACUCCCACCAACAUCUAUGAAUAUGAGAGGGAGCUGGAGUACGCAUACGACAACCUACAAUAUGGUGGACUCAGCAUUCCAGAGCUGGAUGACUACAUUAAUAAUAAUCUGAAGAGCAAACCCCGGACAUUUGUCGGUAUUCAUUUACACGGUAUUAAGACAUCAG